CCUAUUAGCUUUGCAGCUGUCUCUUCCCUUCCUUGCUGGUUGCCAGUAGAAAUGCAAACAAACAGUGCAGUCUAUGUGUGUGUAAAAAGUUUGUGACAACAGAAAUGCUGGCAGCUAAAAAGAAAUUAAAGAAGAAAACUAUUAAAAAAUCAUCUUCUUCCGAAGUAACGCAAGUAGAAAAGCCACUGUUUGAAUUCAUACAGACUCCCAGGCCAGUCCCAGGAGAAAAGCUGUUGGCAGCUCUUCAAGAAUGGGGGAAUGGACAUCAAAUAUCUGUCAUGUCAAAUUCGGUUGAAGAUACAGAAAGAUGGUCAUCAACAAAGAACACAAAAGAUUUAAGGCUUGUUUUCAAAUGUGUAAAUUCAAGUAACACUGGAUUUCUUAAUGAAACUGAAGUGCACAAUGCUCUAGAGUUACUUGGAUUGGUAGUUAAUGAUGGAGGAAAAGAGCACACUAGGAAAUUCAUGGAAUCACACAAUGAGAGCCUUAGCUUUGAAGCGUUCCAAAAACUUGUUUCAGAUUGGCAUGGUUUGGCCCGGGAUUUCUACAGAGAGCUUAAGAAAGGAUUUUCAGCAAUUGAUAUUGAUAAUGAUGGAAAAAUAACAGCUGCAGAUUUAAGAGAAGCAUCCAAAUUGGCUGGAUUAUAUUUUACAAACAAAGAGCUUGAAGAAAUGCUACAAGUGGCAGAUAAAAAUGGAGACUGCGCAGUGGACAUAAGUGAAUUUAUUUCCAUCAUGCUAAAAACCAGUUUGUUUUAGUUUACACACAAGCAACCACAGUUAGCAUGACUCAGUUUCCCUUUCCUGUCUGUGGACCCUGUGUAAGUGGAUCCAGUGUUUUGUUUUCUUUAUGUGGUAACUACAAAGGGCUCUUGAAUACCUCCUGCCCAGUUUUGACUAUUUGCAUUUUAUUUUUACAUGGUAACCCCAUAUUAAUAAACUUUUAAUAAUGUCCCUGUU